AUGACCUGCAAAGACACCUGGGACCAGGGAGAGGAGGCAUGGGACCAGCACGAGGAGGUGCAGGACCGGGCAGACAGAGAGUUCCAGGUUAAGCUCCUGGCCCUGGAAUAUGAGCAGGUUGAGGUGAUGGGGGCUAGCUGCCCAGGUUGUUUCCUAGAAAGUGGAUAUACACCUGCAAGCAGUCUGGUAUUGAUGGAUGGUCAAAAAUCAGCUGACAUAGGGUUAGGCUACAAGAAAAGCUGCUGGCAACGUGGCUGUUUGUGUCCUACGCCCGGCGGCGGGGCGGCGCCGGCCCCUUCCAGCAAGGACCUGAAAUUUGGGAUUGAUCGCAUUUUGUCCGCGGAGUUUGACCCCAAAGUCAAGGAAGGCAACACGCUGAGAGAUCUGACCUCCUUAUUAACUACAAGCCGCCAAACUGGGGUUCAUCUCCCCACCUUGCAGCCUUCAGCCAGCCAGUUCUUCGCGUCUCUAGAUCCCAUUAACGAGGCCGCUACUAUCCUGGGUCCCUUAAACACAAACCCAAGGAGUUCAGUUCAGCACCAGUUUCAAGACACUUUUCCAGGUCCCUAUGCCGUUUUAACGAAAGACACGUUGCCUCAGACCUACAAAAGGAAGCGUUCCUGGUCCAGAGCUGUUUUUUCCAACCUGCAGAGGAAAGGCUUAGAGAAAAGGUUUGAAAUCCAGAAAUAUGUCACCAAGCCGGACAGAAAACAACUGGCAGCAAUGCUGGGACUAACUGACGCCCAAGUAAGAGCCGCUUUAUGUUGUUUCCUUCACUUCAAUCCGGUCAGAUGCACUUAGAUGCAUUUUAAAAUCUCCCCC